CAGGAGAAACUGAUCCAGUACUGCCACUCCAAGGGCAUCACCGUUACAGCCUACAGCCCCCUGGGCUCUCCGGAUAGACCUUGGGCCAAGCCAGAGGACCCUUCCCUGCUGGAGGAUCCCAAGAUUAAGGAGAUUGCUGCAAAGCACAAAAAAACCGUAGCCCAGGUUCUGAUCCGUUUCCAUAUCCAGAGGAAUGUGAUUGUGAUCCCCAAGUCUGUGACACCGGCACGCAUUGUUGAGAACAUUCAGGUCUUUGACUUUAAGUUGAGUGAUCAGGAGAUGGCAACCAUCCUCAGCUUCAACAGAAACUGGAGGGCCUGUAACGUGUUGCGAUCCUCUCAUUUGGAGGACUAUCCCUUCGAUGCAGAAUAUUGAGGUUGAGUCUCCUGAUGACAUUACACAGGGGAUUCUCUUUCUUCGCUGAAGUGUGGCUGUCUCCAUCAAGUUCUAUUUUAGCCAAGCUUAUCCGAGAUCACAGUGAACUUCAUCCUGUUGUAGACCAGAAUCGAGGUGCUGUUUUAGACAUGUAUUUCUGUAUAUUCAACUAGGAUCAGAAUAUCACAGAAAAACAUGGCUUGAAUAAGCAAAUGACAAUUUUUUCCACUUAUCUGAUCUGAACAAAUGUUUGUUAAGCACAAGAACUCUGCUAACACUGAGGAUGUAAAGAUCAAUAAUCAAAAAAUAAUGAUGGUAACCAACA